AUGUUGGACUUAUCCUCAAAGACAUUACCAUGUCUUCAUUCCUUCUGCCGGUCGUGUAUUGAGAUGAUUCUAGAAGAAAAUGGCCCGUGUCCCCAGUGCCAAGAACCUGUCACCAGUGACGAUUUGAGACUGUCACCAUUUCUGGAGAAGACUUUGAGGCGCCGUCAGUUGGAAUCCAGCGAAUGGGGGUGCGGCAGGUGCUUUGAAGAGAACGGGAGAGAAUCGACCGUCCAGAUUUGGUGCCAGGAAUGCGAUAAACUCUUGUGCCAAUCCUGCGAGAGUUUCCACUCCGGACACGUGACCAAAGACUUGUCAGGCAUGUCGAGGGGGGAGGCCGUCAGGGUCAUCACGACGGACGACUGUCGACGGCACAGUCAAUCCAAGGACGCUUUCUGUCAGCGGUGCAACACGUGCCGGUGCAAAAAAUGUUACAAGGAACACGUGAUCGCCUCCCCUCAGUGUCCGCCUCGUCCGCUGUCGGUGAGAGACGAAGCGUCGAAUGAGAAGAUACGCAGCCCCACCCUGGAGCGGCAACUCCGCCAGUUCGAAAUCAACAUCCGGGCGAUGAGCAGGCGAACGAAGCAGUCCAUUGACAAACUGUCAACGGAUUGCGAAUCGGAAUGCUUAAAACUCACUCGGGAUUUUGAGGCAUUCGUAGAUGAAGCACGUCUCAAGUUGGCAGAGUUGUGCGAUAAUAUGAAAGUGAUGGCGUACGAACUGCAGACAAAAUGGCGCCACUCCCUCAAAGAGAAAGAAAACGUUUUAAAGAAGGUCGAAAUCUGGCACCACACAUUGAAACAUUUGUCGAGGGGCGACGCCGACGAUGAGGACGUCGUCUCUGGUCUAAAGUUGGUGAGAGCUGAGCUUUCUGCGCGGCUCCGUCAAUCGUUUGCUCCUCAAGAGAAAGGACGUUGGCUGGUGACAUUUCCGAAAUGGUGUCACGAUUCCCUAGAGUCACUGAAGAAAGAAAUAAUCGUGUGGGCGGCAGAGACAUCCGGGUAUUUGCAGGUGGAAAGUGAAUGCCGUCUGCAAGGAUCGAACCCGCUCGUUAUUUCAUCGAUUGUCGCCGGCGACGAAGACAAUCGCGUCUUUGUUGGCGAUUUUGUAAGCGGAUCGAUCCUAGAAUUCAUCAGUGACUCUGGCGAAAUGGUCAGCCAAUGUCCCUUAAAGGGAGGGGGAAAGGAAUUCUUCCCCUUGGACAUGUGUCGCCUGACGGGAGACAUUUUGCUUGUCUGUGGCCUGGAGCUUUCCUCCCCUUCAAUACAUCCCCUCCCUUAUUAUUCCAUGAAAACUAACGAUCAGUCUAUCUGUCUUUCUAUCACUCUAUCUAUCUAUCAUUUAUCUUUCAUCUGUUUAUUGUUGCUUUUUAAUUCAAUUGUUUUAAUCUAUCUUAAAUUCUAUUCUAUCUAUUUAACUUUCAAUUUCUUUAUCUAUCUAUCUAUUUAUCUUUUAUUGUUGCUCUUAUCUAUCCGAGAUUGUUUUAAUUCAAUGAUUAAUAUAUCUAUCUAUCUAUCUUUCAUCUAUCUAUCCAAUUUAAUUUAUUUUUUUAACUUUCAUCUAUUAUUCAAUGAAUCUUUUAAUUCUAUCUUAUCUAUUUAUUUUGGCUUUAAUUUCAUCUGUUUCUAUCUAUCUUUUUCUUUUAAUUCAAUGAUUCUAUCUAUCUAUGUAUUUCUUUAG